AUGAGCUUGCUUGACGCGCUGCAUGAGUUGUCCAAGGAGCAGGAACUCGAGGGAAGGCCUCUAAUCUACUCUAAUGAGCGGUCGCAGUUUGAGGACGACCGUGAUGUUCCUACUGUUGAUGAACACCUUCAGCAAGUUGGUGCAGAUGCGUUUAAUAAAUUUCAGAGGCGAAUGACCAACCUGGAUCAGGAGUUGCGCAACUUUGCCAAUGCUGCACGUCAAUUAGGAAGUUCUGUCGGUAUCCUCUGUUCUUCCGUGCAACUGCGAGAGCGCUUAGCUCAGCUUUUAUGGCUGUUCCGCGAGAAUGCCGCGGAUUUAUUUCCGCGGAAAGUGCAGCGGCAGCCGCGGGAGAUGUUCACCGAAACACGUAUUCAUCCUACCCCGAAGAGGAAGCGCCAGAGAGCGCCUUCGCACGUUGCGAACCCAACUGUGGUAGAAUCCCUUGAUCCGGAGGAUUUUCCAGAGCAGUUGGAAAGCUUGGCCCACGAUGUGAUUACUUUUCUUGAUUGUUUGAACGAGUUUCCGGAGUUCAAUGACGAGGCUGUCAAUGCCUCCAUUCUAUCAUUCGAGGGUGAUCUGAAGUACUGGGCCUCAUGCCUCAAAGCAUACGAUGGACAAUUCCGAUAUCCUGCAGUACAGCGAUACCUUCACGAUCUCACCACAGAAAUGGGUGGACACUUAGAUAGCAUCACGGCUGCGUUGUCCGUUUUCAUUGAGAUUGGUGUUCCGACGAUCCGUUUCGCACAGAAACAUGCCAGCCAGAAUUUGCUGAAUCUCAGUACCGUAGCGACAUUCUUCAGCGCCGUCACUGCGACGACUAUGCAAUUCUCCUACCAAAUGACAGAAACCCCGUUGGAGAAAGCUGUAAACGCAUUCUGGUUCAUCUCUCUCGUAUUCAGUAUCCAAGCUGCUGUGAACAGUCUACUUGGGCUCACGUGGAAGCAAGCUAUGUACCGUUCUCCUGGGCACCGCGUGCCGUGGUGGGUCCUUAUCUGGAUCAAGCGCUCGCCAUUGGUAUUUCUCGUGGCCUCUGUUGCUUGCUUCUCCAUGGGUCUAGUCCUGUUUGCGUAUUCAUCAAAACAGGAUCCGGUUACUCGAACGCUCACUUCGGUUUUCUCUGCAUUCAGUUGUUUUGGCCUUGCAGCUGUGUCGACUUGGUUUAUCUCCGAACGAUGGAUCUUUCUGCGGCACAGCGGUCAGAAGUGGCUUGCAGACGUGCUUUCGGAGACAAAGAUCCAAGUGUGCUCUGCUCCUGGAAUCAAGUGGAUAAUAUAUGAGCCUCGUGCCCUGGUCUGGCGAGUACGGCAAUGGUGUCAGCGACGCUCCCGGAUCGUACGCGAAAAGCUGUCUCGACUUACCUCAAGGACCGCUCGAAGACUUAAACGGUUUAGUACGAUCGCGUCGAGUGCCACAGAGAAGGUCGAUGGGAGCGACCUCGAAGACCAAACGUUGCCAUCGUGCAAUAGCCCUGAUCCGGUCUCUCCAAGUCGACCCCGAAUGUCGGAAGCAGGCACUGGCCCCCUCUUGCCGGUUGCCUCGGUGCGUAGUCCGACGAUUGCUACUUCAACGGUCACUUUCGACUCCCGUACGACGCUGGGAGAGCCCGCCGCAGGAACCGACUCUGGUCCGUCCGGGUCUGCGAAGGCUCGCUUCAAGAAUGCGGUCCAUUCGGUGAUCAUGCUGCGGCAGGGAACGUCGUCCACUUCGCGCGGCCUUGGCUUGCCUCCACGUGUUCCCCGACGUCAAAGAACUAAUUCCACUGAAGGCAAUGGAAGUAAAGGCGGGACAUCUUCGGAAGGACCUGUACACCUGCUCAAAGCAUCGAGAGUUGCUGCUCUUGUCCCCAGAUUGAGGGCAUUGGAGACCACGCAGGAUUUGGCUGCCCAUCAGGCGCUCGUGAGGCAUUUGCAGUUCUCGCCGAACGGGAAGUUCCUGGCGACGUCCAGCUGGGACAGAACAUCUGUCAUCUUCCGCGUUGGGGAAUCGUUCAGUUCACACCGCGUUCUUGCUCAACCUUCAGGUUUCGUUGGUCAAGUGGCAUGGUCCCCGAAUGGUAGCACAUUAUUGACGAAGUUGAAUCGUGGGGUCAAAGUGUGGACAGAGGACGGUGUCUGUAAGAAGACGAUUGAUCGGCGGCGUACCGUACAGUCUGUCGCAUGGCUUCCAGCUGGCGAAGCUUUCCUCUCCGUCGAGAGCAGUGAGGUUGUCAAGAUGGAUCUUAAUGGCCAAAUUAUUGACAAGUAUCACUUCGAUCGCAUGAUGCUGCACGACGUCGCGGUGACCCAGGAUUGUCAAUGGUUACUGUGUGUUGGGACGCUCAUGGCAUCCAGUGAUGGUUUGCACCCGAGCAAGUCUCGAGCUGAGAAGCAGAUUAUAGUGUACAAUUUGCGCAAGAAGGAUAUAGAGAACCGUGUCCCUGUUCUGCACGAUGUGCGUGAUAUCACUUUGGCUCGAGACGACCUGGUUGCAUUGGUGAGCUACGAGAACAAGGCACCUCCGCAGCUGUGGAAGAUAGACAUAUUCAAGGACAGUGCAAGGUUAUCGUUGCGGCAUACAUACAUGCCGAAGGUACCUGUGGAUUUUGCCGGACCAAGCUACUUUGGAGGCAAGAAAGACCAACUGGUUCUAUGUGCAGGGAAGGCUGGUGACAUCCAUAUAUGGGAUCGCGAGUCAGCAGCACUGCUGCACCAUGUCCGUGCACAAGCCCUGGGCGGAGACCUCACAUGUAUUGCUUGGAACCGUGCUAUGGAACAGCCGUUCAUGUUUGCCACCGGCAGUCACGAUGGCGGUGUGCGAAUCUGGACGACACCUAAGGACUCCCUAGCACCUGCCAUGAUGGACCUCAACAUCCCUCCUAGCCGGACGACCACCAACCCCGUCAAUACGCCUGAGAACACACCCCGCAGCCGCCCGCUAUCAUUGUACGGUAUCCAACAGCAGACUGAGAGUCCGGAGGAAGAAACGACGUUUGAGUUGCAAGGUCCCAUGGACGACUCGGCGGGUGCGGAGAGCGGUAACAUUUGA